GUGUGUGUGUGUGUGUGUGUGUGUGUAUAAAUAAAAGCAGCAGAAGAACUCUUCCUGCCUCAGAGACUCACUGAGAGUUGGUCUCACAGGAGCUACAGAGAAGCAGAAUUCUUCCUCCUCUGGCGGUUGGAGACAAACUGAGAGAUCUGGACCCGAGAACUUCUUUCACUUCAAGAGCAGAAGACAAGCUGUAGCUUUCAGAGGGCUGGUCCUGGAAUCGUCACAUUUGAAAUGAAUUUAAUCAAUGCUGGGAUUGAUUUAGUCAGUCGCCCCAAACGGCUUGCUGAUGCCGUUAAAGGGAAAAGUACACUGCUCAAACAGGAAGGGUCUCUAUCCAUUUAUAAAGUUCCUCUGAAGGAGGAAAAAAUCAAUAUAACAGGAUGCAAACAUUUUUGUUAUGGGAAAGAGCCCAAAGUGGUUAAGUCCAAUCGCACCAUAAUGGUCCUCGGAGCGACUGGUGCCGGGAAGUCGACCCUCAUCCACGGGAUGAUCAACUACAUUCUGGGUGUGAAAUGGGAGGAUUCAUUUCGGUUCCAGAUAGUCGAUGACGGUGUUAGCAAAUCACAAGCUGAGAGCCAGACCUCUGAAGUCACUGUGUACACAAUCCACCACAACAAAGACUUUGCAAUCGAUUGCUCUCUGACCAUCGUUGACACUCCAGGUUUUGGAGAUACCAGAGGCAUAGAGAGAGACCGAGAGAUCACAGAGCAGCUUCGUAACCUCUUCUCUGCUGAGCACGGGGUCAGUGAGAUCGACGCCGUGUGCUUCGUAGCUCAGGCUUCUUUAGCCCGACUCACGCCAUCACAGAAAUAUGUGUUUGAUUCUGUGCUCUCGAUCUUUGGCAAAGACGUGGCAGAAAACAUCCGCAUUCUGGUGACAUUUGCUGAUGGCCAGAGACCUCCGGUUCUAGAGGCGAUCAAUGCUGCAGAGGUCCCGUGUCCCAAAGAGAAAGGGCUGCCCAUACACUUCAAAUUCAACAAUUCAGCCUUGUUUGCAGACAACCAAACAUCUGCAGCAGACGAAGAUGAAGAUGGCUUUGAUGAAAUGUUUUGGAAGAUGGGGUCAAAAAGCAUGAAGAGGUUCUUUGUUGCUUUGAAUAUCAUUGAAACCAAAAGCCUGACAUUGACCAAGGAGGUCCUCAGGGAGAGAAAGCAGCUCGAGAAUUCUAUCGAAAAUUUGCAGAAGCAGGUUAAACUUGGGUUAGCUAAGCUUGAGCAGAUUAGAGAGACAAAGGAGAAACUUGACACACACGAGGCAGAGAUCACCAGAAAUAAGGACUUUGUGUUUAAAACCAAGGUCAACAAGCCUUUUCAAGAAAAGAUUUCUGGAACAGGUAUUUUCCUCACCAACUGUCAGGUGUGUAGCGUUACCUGCCAUGAUAAUUGUGGCAUUCCAAAUGAUAGUGAUAAAAAUCAAUGCUGUGCAAUGGGAUCAGAUGGAUUCUGUACAGAGUGCCCAGGUAAAUGCUACUGGAAUAAUCAUUUCAAUCAGAUGUACAAAUGGAUCUAUAAAGAAGUUGAAGUUGAACAAACAAUAGACGAGCUGAAAAAAAAGUACCAGGUAGCCAUAGACGCUAAAGCUCCGGUCCAAGAACUGAUUGGAAAACUAAAUGCUGAUCAUGCUUGUGUCCAGAUGGACGUGGAGAAGUUGAUGAAGACAUCUGCCCAGUCUCUAAACAGACUGAAAGAGAUCGCUCUGAAGCCAAAUCCUCUCUCCACUCCAGAGUACAUCGACAUGCUCAUUGAGGGAGAGAAAGCUUCAGCUGAGCCAGGCUGGAAGAAACGAGUUGAGUCCCUCACGACCAUCAGACAAAAUGCAGUGAUCUUGGCUAAAGUAGAACGAGGAGAAAAACUCUGAAGAACUGAGUAUAUAGAAACAAUCAAAUGACCAAAAUGAUUCCAUCAAGACCAAAAAAACAUUUCAUCACUUCUUGAAAGAGAGAAAUGUGAAAGUGGAAAGCAGAGCUGCAGACCGAGAGGUUUGAACUCUUUAAACUAAGAGAAGUUCAUGUGACCAAGAUUCAAAACCAAGAUUUACUGCUGUAAACAUUAUCCUCAAAGUCAAAUUCUGCUCUAUUUGAUCUGUAUUUAUCAAACCUGAAUAUGUCAGUUUGUUGCUUUUCUAUCAUGAAAACUUCCAUAAUAUAAUAUUUGUUCAUAAAAAUCUGAGAUACAUAUAGCACCCAGUUUAUAUAUUAAUAGAAUUAAUAGAAAUUUGAAAGUUUGAAUAAUUGAACAAUUCUAUUCCAUGUGUGUUGUUCUGUUGUAAUAAGGUGAAUUAUUGAAAAGUUAUGAAAUUAUUAAUAA